GGCCGAAGGAGAAGGAGGAGGGAAGAGCAAGCAAAGCCAACCAUCAACCUCCUCAUAUUUUAUCCACCCAGUUAAAAUAUGGACUGCUGAUGUCUCUUUCAAGAAACUUGCCCUCCUUUUUUGUGAGGUUAAGAAAAACCUUUCAUCUCUGAGAGAGAUAGAGAGACACACAAAGGUGGGAGAAGGAAGGCAAGGAAGAGAAGGGAGAUUAUUGUUGCUGUUGCUCACCAUCCUCAUCCUCAUCCUGUCAGGAGGAAAUGGAGGGGCCCUCCGCUGAAGAAAGGGAGGAAAGGGACCUCUCCCUCCUCUUCACUGUCAAGCACGAGCUGAGGAAUGCAAAUUUGACAGGCCAUGUAGAGAAGGUGGGGAUUGAAAACUUUGAGCUUCUGAAAGUUCUUGGGACAGGAGCUUAUGGAAAGGUGUUUCUGGUAAGGAAAAUAAGUGGCCAUGAUGUUGGCAAGUUGUAUGCUAUGAAGGUAUUGAAAAAAGCAACAAUAAUUCAAAAAGCAAAAACAACUGAACAUACAAAGACUGAACGGCAAGUACUGGAACAUAUUCGACAGUCUCCAUUUUUGGUCACUUUGCAUUAUGCUUUCCAGACAGAUACAAAGCUUCAUCUCAUUUUGGAUUACAUAAAUGGUGGAGAACUUUUUACCCAUCUUUCACAAAGAGAGAAAUUUACUGAAGAUGAGGUGCGAAUAUACAUUGGGGAGAUAGUCUUGGCCCUUGAACACCUACACAAGUUAGGAAUUAUCUAUCGUGAUAUAAAACUUGAGAAUAUUCUCCUUGAUUCUGAUGGUCAUGUGGUACUGACUGACUUUGGGUUGAGUAAGGAGUUUGUUGGUGAUGAGAAUGAGAGAGCAUAUUCCUUCUGUGGAACGAUAGAAUACAUGGCUCCAGAUAUUGUCAAAGGAGGGGAAACAGGACAUGACAAAGCAGUUGAUUGGUGGAGUCUGGGUGUUCUUAUGUAUGAAUUAUUGACUGGAGCAUCACCUUUUACAGUUGAUGGGGAAAGAAAUUCACAAGCUGAUAUAUCCAGGAGAAUAUUAAAAAGUGAACCUCCUUAUCCUCAAGAAAUGACUGCUUUAGCUAAAGAUAUUAUUCAGUGUCUUCUGAUAAAAGAUCCAAAGAAAAGACUGGGUUGUGGACCAGAUGGUGCUGAUGAAGUCAAACAGCAUCCCUUUUUCCAGACAAUAAAUUGGACUGACUUGGCUGCCAAAAAAAUGUCAGCUCCAUUUAAACCAAUAAUUCGUGAUGAAUUGGAUGUUAGUAACUUUGCAGAGGAGUUUACAGAAAUGGACCCAACAUAUUCCCCAGCAACCACUCCACAGGCUGCAGACAAACUUUUCCAGGGAUAUUCUUUUGUUGCUCCUUCUAUCUUAUUCAAACAUAAAAAUAUAACUUGCACAAAUGCAUUGGAAAUUAUGAAGAAAAUUAAACGAGGGGAAUUUUCUUUUGAAGGGGAUGCCUGGAAGAAUGUUUCUCAGGAAGCCAAAGAUUUGAUACAAGGACUUCUUACAGUGGAUCCAAAUAAGAGAAUUAAAAUGACCAGUUUGAGAUACAAUGAAUGGCUUCAAGAUGGUAGCCAGCUGUCAUCCAACCCAUUAAUGACUCCAGAUAAUUUAGGAUCCUCAGGAACUGCUGUCCAUACCUAUGUCAAAGCAACCUUUAAUGCUUUUAACAAGUACAAAAGGGAAGGAUUUUGUCUCCAGAAUGUGGACAAGGCACCUCUUGCAAAAAGAAGAAAAAUGAAAAAGACAAGCACAAGUACAGAGACUCGCAGCAGUUCUAGUGAAAGUUCUCAUUCUUCCUCCUCUCAUUCACAUGGGAAAACUACCCCUACAAAGAUACUGCAGCCAGCAAAUGCCACAGACAGCAAUAAUCCAGAGGGAAUCUUCCAAUUCUCUGACUGAUAAAUGAAAAAGAAUUGCUCUGAUGAGGUAUAUUUAAAUGGUUAUAAAUUUACCGAAAUAUGAGCACCCUUGAACAUAGUAAUGUUUAUUGCAUCUAAUAACUCCUGUUUCAAUUGUGUCUUACAAUAAGGCAUGUUAAAAUCCUGCUAUGUCUCUGGCUGGAAUCAAAGUUUUAAAAAGUGUAUGUGAAAAUGUUCCUGUAAAUUGUAUGUGAGCCACUCCAAACAUUUAUUUUAAUCUAUUAAUAAAAGUUGUAAUCUAGUGAUGUAACUCUGCACAUGGAAGCAGAGUUUCUUCAUGGUCUCUGUGCUUCACACAAAUGGAUUUUUUUUAUAGAUAGGGAGAAAACUCUUAAUGGGGAGAAGAGGAAAGUGUAUGACAGAAGAGGGAGUGGCUUUGGGCACCAAGUAGAGGCACACCAUGGCGGGAGUGGGGCCGAGACAGAGUUACUGGAACCUUCCAUGUGUGUCUCUGUGGUGCCACAAGUCCCAUUUAUGUGAAGGCACAGAUGACCACUCAGUGAACCACAGUUACAGAAAUCCAUUAAGCGGGAAUGACCGUUUUGGGAGCUUAGAAACCUCUACAUUAUGGCUGGGUUUGUGUGUUUGUGCAUUUUAAUUCCUGUUCUUUAGAAAGAUUACCAGAGGUGAAACAUAUUGGCUAAAGUGAAAAAUCUAUGCUUCCAUGUAUGCAGCAAUGAUUUUCCUUGUGCAGGAAGCUUACAUAAGAAAAAUCAAGCCACAUCCAAAGAUCUUCAACAUGUGGAAUGGAUACACAAGUUCUCACAAAAGACAUAUGCAACAGUUCAGCUAGUGCUUGGUCUUGGUUACAAGUAUGCAGAACUGUGUAAUUUCUUUUAGUCUACAUUUUGGCUAGCGUCCUUUUUCUAGUUUCAAAGACUGUUCAGAGGUUUUUAGUACUAUCUUAGAAUUGAUGUGUUUGCUUGAUUUGCUUUGUGAGCAUUCAGUACUAAAACCAUGUGCUGAGGUUUUUUGAACAAAUAUUUAUAUUUAACUUACACAUUUAUGCCUAGUUUUUAAAUAUAAUCAGUGAAGGUUUUUUUAUAUAAGAAUUCUGUAUUCCUGUUAUCAUGUGGGUCCAAAAUUAGGCAUGCUGUGAUACAUGUGACAGUUUAAUCCCUGACUGUAGCAUAAAAUUCAGAGAUUUUUAUUCUGUAUAAAACAUCUGCAUGGUUUGGUAACCUGUAAUUUCAGUUGAUGGGUAACAGAAUAAUGUGAUAAGAGUGUGUUGGAGAGGCUGUAUAACUUGCUCCAGAAGUUUUUAGUAAGAAUUAUUAGUUUGUUGCACCAUUUAGCUGUGAAAUAUUAAGGUUUUGCUUUCUUGACAUGAUUUCCAUACCUAUAUGCAAUACUUUUCAAAUUUUGCCCCUUUUCAAGUUGGGGUACCUUCUAACUUUAAACAAUUUAUGCACUGGGAAAACUAAUGGGAUUUGUUAUCAAACACUGUGCUUCACAACUAUACACUGUGUUUUACUACAGCAAGAUAUUGUUGUAGUUGUGAUAUAUGAUGCAUUUUAAAUGGUGAAUUGUGAGGCAUAAUUGCCAACAUGUGCAAAGCAUAUCUGCAGCUUCUGUGCUACAACUUUGCAAAAAGUUCUUGAGUAGUCCUGUGGUGCAUUCAUUGGGACAAUUAGCAUAAAGUUAAGCUUGUACAUAGAUGUCUGCAUGCUCAGAGUUCACCCUGCAAAUUUUAAAAACAACUUGCUGCAUUGUAAAAUAAACUAUCAAAUCCUAUGCAAAACAUAUACCUACAUACAUACAUAUGUAUAGAAACUGUAUUUAUAUAAAUGAGUUGUUUAACAUA